UGCAUGACAAUCGGUAUACCCGCGCGCUCUCCCAAACACACCCUCUCAGAAAGAAAGAGAAAUAGAAAUUGGCAGCUAGGGUUUGGCGAUUUCAUUCCCAAUUCGAAUAUAUCGGCAGAAAAAAAAAAUGGCGAUGAGGAGUUUCUUCAAGGAGAUAAGGAGUAUGAAGGUGACGGAGUUGCCGUCGUAUCUCAAACCCAUGUUCACCCUUGGCUACGUGAAGAAAACCCUAGCGCGCGGCCUCGACAAUUACCACGCCAAAUACAUCGAGACCAACUCCGUCGAUCCUCUCUUCCACAUUUGUUUCGGAGGGAUGGCUUUCUCCUACCUCGUCGCCCUCCCUGAAGAGCGCCGCCACCUCGAGCACCAGCAGUACGCCAAAGAACACGCCGCCGCCCACUGAUGAAUCGACCCCCACUUCAGGCGCAGCAGCUUCAACCACCGAAUGCAUUAGCAAGUUGAUGUGAAGGGAGAACAGAGAAGCAUUACAAGUUUAUUAGUUGCAUUGUUUUCAUUUUUCUUUUUUGUUAAUAAACGCAGAUAGAUCCGUUAGUUUGCUUUACAGAUCAACCAUCGGAGAUCGAAUCAACUAAUGCCAAUCGAGUCGAAUAAAACGAUGUUUCUUUUAUUUUGGUUCAUAUCUGCAUUGUCUAGUAGGUUUUGUGUUCUUAAAGCAUGAGGAAUGGAGUUAACCAA